AUGAACGUGCAGCAUAAUGAGAGACCCAUACCCAACAAUACCGACAAGAUGGUCGCCGCUAAGCAGCACAUCCCUAUCGUGAAGAAGCGCACGAACCGCUUCAACCGUCACCAGUCUGACCGGUUCAUGCGCGUUGGCGCCUCGUGGCGCAAGCCCAAGGGUAUUGAUAACUGCGUCCGUCGCCGUUUCAAGGGCCAGAUGGCCAUGCCCUCCAUCGGUUUCGGUUCCAACAAGAAGACCCGCCACAUGAUGCCCUCCGGCCACAAGGCUUUCCUCGUCCACAACACCAAGGACGUUGAGCUCCUCCUCAUGCACAACCGCACCUUCGCUGCUGAGAUCGGCCACGCCGUUUCUUCCCGCAAGCGUGUCGAGAUUAUUGAGAAGGCCAAGGCUCUCGGUGUUAAGGUCACUAACCCCAAGGGCCGUGUCACCACCGAGGCAUAA